AUGGCCACAGCAGUGAGCGGAGAGGGUCUCGUCAUCCCCCUCAUCGACUUCUCGGGCUUCCUGCACGGCGACGCCGCUGAGCGCCAGGCCACGGCCCGCGCGAUCCUCCACGGCUUCCAGACGGCGGGCUUCAUCUACCUCAAGAACCACCCGAUCGACGAGGCGACGCUGGCGCGGGCCUUUGCCGCCUCGGCCGCCUUCUUCGCGCAGGCCGACGAGGCCAAGCUCGCGCUCGGCUGGACGACGCCCGAGGCCAACAGGGGCUACUCGGCGCCGGGCCGCGAAAAGGUCAGCCAGCUCACCGACGUCAGCGCCGUGUCGGCCGUGCGGCAGGCGGCGCCGGACCUGAAGGAGUCGUUCGAGAUUGGCCGCGAGGGCGUGCCGGGGCACCCGAACCAGUGGCCGGCCGAGGGCGAGGGCGAGAGCGAGGGCGACGCCGCCGCCGCGGCAGCGGUCGCGGGCUUCCGGGCCGAGAUGCUCGCCUUCUUCGCGCGCUGCAAGGCGCUGCACGUGGAGGUGAUGCGGGCCAUCGGCGCCGGCAUGGGCCUCGCCGACGGCUUCUUCGACGGCUUCACCGACGACGGCGACACACGCUGCGGCUGCUGCACUACCCGGCCGUCGACCCGGCCGUCGACUACCGGUCCCGUCACGCUGCUGUUCCAGGGCGCCCGCGGCGGGCUGCAGGUGCGCGGGCCCGCCGGCCGCUUCGUCGACGCGACCCCCAUCCCCGGCACCGUCGUCGUCAACGCCGGCGACCUGCUGGCGCGCUGGAGCAACGACACCAUCCGCAGCACCGUCCACCGCGUCGUCGAGCCGCCCGGCGGCGGCGCCGACGGGGACGUCUACCCGCCGCGGUACAGCAUUGCGUGA